GAGAGAGAGAGAGAGAUGGAAGGAAUUGAGCACAGAAUGGUGAGUGUGAAUGGAAUAAACAUGCACAUAGCAGAGAAAGGAGAAGGUCCGGUGGUGCUGUUUCUGCACGGGUUUCCCGAACUCUGGUACUCGUGGAGGCACCAGAUUACUUCACUGGCCUCCCACGGCUACCGAGCUGUGGCUCCUGACCUCCGUGGUUGUGGUGAUACAGACUCUCCGCCUUCUUCCAGCAGUUAUACCGUCUUUCACAUCGUUGGUGAUCUUAUUGCUCUCAUUAAUCUCCUCGACCAAGAUCAGGUGUUUGUAGUGGGACAUGACUGGGGAGCUUACAUUGCUUGGUGUUUCUGCUUGUUUCGCCCUGACCGUGUUAAGGCUCUCGUCAACCUCAGCGUCGCCUUUAUUCCUCGAAACCCAUCCGGCAAGCCUCUCGAUCUGAUGCGAGCUGCCUUAGGUGACGAUUACUAUUUCUGCAGAUUCCAGAAACCUGGAGACAUGGAAGAGGUGUUUGCUCGUUUUGGUAGUACUGGAUCAGCACUGAAGAGAUUUAUAACAUCACUCAAAGCAGGUCCAUUAUUUCUUCCUAAAGGCAAAGAAUUUGGAGAUUCACCAGAUCAUGAGAUUUCCUUGCCCUCUUGGUUAUCCGAAGAAGACAUUAAUUACUAUGCCAGCAAAUUCAACAUAAAAGGCUUCACUGGAGGAUUGAAUUACUAUCGAUCUUUUGAUAUGAACUGGGAGCUCAUGGCACCAUGGACAGGUGUACAAGUGAAAGUACCGGUCAAAUUUGUUGUAGGUGAGCUUGAUAUAGUAUAUAACACUCUAAAUGCCAAGGAAUAUAUACAUGGUGGUGGCUUCAAGAGUGAUGUGCCAUUUCUGGAGGAUGUGGUUGUGAUGGAAGGAGUGGGUCACUUCAUCAACCAGGAAAGGCCUGAUGAAAUAAACACCCAUAUUUUGGAUUUCAUUAAGAGAUUUUGAUUUUUGGAGCUCCAUCCUUGCUUGUUC